AUGUACAAAUUUCAUACCAAAAGGGUAAAAGCUGCUGCUGGACAUAUGUGGACUUCAAAUCUCAGAAAAUCUCUUAAUAAGGUUCAUCAAAAAUGUAAGAUCCAGCACCAGUAUUCAACUAGAUACCCAACAAUGACUCCCCAUCAUGGCCUCAGUUCAGAUGAAGAAAUGAAUCUCACAGUAAUGCUCCAAGAUAUUAAAAUGACCCAAAUUCAACUCCUCAGUCAAAUGACUGACACUGUCAAUGUAAUAUCAAAACUCCAGGAAAAGAUUGACCAUUAUCAGAAGCAGAUGGAGAUCCUAGAAACCAGAAUGAAUGUUAAUGAAGACAAGAAAGUCACAAAUAUCAAAGAGAUCCUUUCUAUGAAAAAAGACAUUGAUACUUUAAAGAAGAAGGUGACAGAACUGGAACACCAGAAUUCUUGCUCUAGCAUACACUGUUUAGAGGUUUUGGAGGGAGAAAAUGGUAAAGAAAUCAUAGAACUACUUCAAAAACUCAUACAUCCAGAAACUCUGAACACAUCGGCCUCUAAAAAUUCUGAAAUCUCUUCAGCAAAACCAGAGAAAGUUCCCAGUUAUCCAGAGGCCACUGAUUGUCUUGAGAAAAAAAUUAUUUCUUCCAAAAUUAAAAGUCUGAGGAAAAGUAACCAAAACAAUGUAUCAAGAAGCUUAAAAAAAGAGCCGAGUCUUUAUAUUUACCCAGACUUUGGUACAUGGGUCAAGCUAACUUUUGUUCAUGGAGGAAAAUGGAGAUUCUUCCUCAGUGCAACCAAGUUAGAGGAAUUCAUCCACUGGCUUCUUUCUAGACCAACAAUCCUUCCUGAGGAACCACAAAUCAUACCCCAGAGAGACUGUCUCUUCUCUAGACCUAUCGGAAGCUUAACCGAAAUCUGUUUCUCUGUUUUCAACUACAUUUACUGCCUUUUUGGGUCCUCAAAAGAGGAAGUAACUCGACUAUAG